AUGGAGGACUCGUUGAGAGUGGCACGGCGCGAUGUCGACAUCGAGGAUAUGGACAACGCCAGCUGCUGCAGCGGUGACACAGUGCUGUCCGUCGGCCAGGAGAGUCCUUCGCCCGCAAUGGCAUACCGCGGCAUUCACAGCCACCUUAGCGCAAUCUCCCAGAUUACGCACGAUUUACGCAAUGGCGCCUCUUUGAUGCUUGCAGCUGCCGGCGGUUGCGGUCGCGGCGACAGAUCGCCUCUUUCGCCACAUACUCCGCAAUCGCCGCUAUCGCUCCAAUCGCCCAGAUCUACCAAUUCACCUCAUUCUCCAGGAUCGUUGCCAUCUCCGCGUGCUACUGAGCCGCUUCCCGAUCCCAAUGAGAACAAUAACCUGAAAUUUAGCAUAGAUAAUAUAUUGAAAGCUGAUUUCGGCAGAAGAAUAACCGAUUCGCUGAAAUCACGAUCGGCAGCAAAAAAUAAAGCGCUUCUGGCUGCGGCGAGAGCGCAUCAUCGGCAGAGCACGGCGGCCGCCGGUUCGGCGUUACCUGCGGGACAGGAUUCCGAUGGUGUGCCCACAAACAGGAGCGAAAAAUCAGGAUCGAUACAAGAUCUUUCCUGUACGACGGAAAGCACGCGGGCUGGCUCUGAUGCCGGCGGACCUAUGGUGUGGCCUGCGUGGGUCUAUUGCACCAGAUACAGCGAUCGGCCUAGCUCAGGUAUUGUUCUCACCAAAUCUCUCUAG